AUGGCAGCUUACCAGUUAGUUUUCGUCCUGCAGUUGAUUUCGGUCGCAAAUGCUACCCCAUUCUGUAUUGCCAACACUACUGUAUCUACUCCAGCUCCCAAUGCGCCACCUUUCCCGACCUUACCCGGAACAUUUCAAACCCGAGUGGAGGCCAACAUUAUUGACAAGAAAAUGACAGUGUCUGCUCAGGAGUACUUCAACAGUCAAAAGGACAGAGCAACUCUGAUUAUGGCUUCAGAAGGCAACACGCCAGACACACUGGUGUACGACUAUACCGACAAUCAACUCUUCUACGUUCACGGUGGACGGUGCCAGGUAAAUGACUUAUUACACGACCCAAACAGUUUCUUAUUUGGAAAUAAAAUACAGAAUGGAGUUCCCCACACAUUUACUUCUAAUGGCGCUCUGCAUUUUAUGAAGACGUACGGCCAGACAUAUAUGGGACAAUCACUUGUACGAGGAAUAAAUGCCGAUCACUGGCGAGCAUGCUUAUCAUGGCCAAAUCCUAAUGCCACUUUCUUUUUGGAUUAUUAUUUUACGGCUAUGGACUGGGUGAACCCAGUUUCUUACCAACAACUUCCCCUCAGAGCCGAGGCUACCGGGGUUCAGGUGACAAAGAACUCCACUCAACGGAUGUUUCACCACAUUUAUGACUACUUUGAGUUCCGGCUAGAUUUAACUGUUGAGGAUACAAUUUUUGAGACACCUGCUGGGGUUUAUUGUGCAAACAGAAAACCGACAAAGAAGAUGGUAGGAAUAAUUAAUUCUAAGGCUUACCACUACCGACUAGAGGUCAUAUCAGAGUAUGAUGGAAACGUUCAAACCAGUAUAGUAUAUUACAAUGAAAACUACAAGCUUGUGCGGUAUGACUACAAGAAUUUAGCCAACUUACCACCCACUUAUUCUCAGAACCCUCUUUCUGAAGUUCACGAUUACAACGCAGGCGUUCGGUAUAUUAAGGAUUUGGUCAUCGGUAACUGUUCUGUACUUCCUCUAAGUAAUGGCUCCAUAGACAGCGUUGAAUCACAUGAAACCUUUUACGGGAACGGAACUGAGAAAUCCGGAUAUUCCCUUCACAUGAAGAACCCACUUCAAUUUCUAAAACUAGACACUAAUUAUGAUUAUGUUGGUCAGAGGCGUUGUCGUGGUAAUGCCAUGUGCGAUGUUUUCAGUGGUAUUCGAUCGGAUUACCUGGACACUAAUGGAUUUAUUAAGAAUGCUACAUAUGACUAUUACUUUCUCUCAGAAGAUUUUUCAGAGAUUUCGAUAGACAGUUCUAGUUAUGAUCCUACUGAUGUACCAUAUCAACUUUUAGUAACACUUCUAGGUACGGACGGUUCCCCUGAGUACUCUGUAACUUAUAACUUUGUGGACUACGUGUUUGAGGAUCAAGACAUCAGUUUGUUCGACGUGUCUUCUUGUUACUCGGCAGCAGCAAACCUACAAUUCCAAGUCAGAAUUCCCGGAGUCUUUUACAAAACUGAUGAAAACCUGAUGAAAAUCAAGGCUCAGGCAAAAUUCGCAGAGAUCCUUCAGGUGUCAUACAUCCGAGUACAGGACGUACGCUUAGAUUACGAUAACUCCAAUGUGUAUAUAUCAGCCACUGUACUAGACAGGACACCCCCAUCAGCUCAAUUUACGUACAUACCAGCAAAAGAACUGAGCAGAUCAGGUGACCUACAGUACAGCAAUGUUCUCAGUCCCCAGGACUGUGCUAAAAACUGCAUCACUAAUUAUGAUUUUACCUGCAACAGCUUCGAGUUUUGUCCCGUUGGUACCGGAAAUUGCAGACUGAACAGGCGACACAAAGAAGAUGGGACAACAACCCUUUCUUCAAGCCAGUGCGAUCAUUACUCAAGAAAUAUAAACGGGCCAACAGUUCAAGAAACACCGGUAGAUGAGGCAUACGAUAAUUUGAAGACGGCUGUUUAUCAAAAGAAAUUCCGACUUCAAAUCUUCGGACAACAGACCUUUGACUCCUAUGCAGUAGACAUUAGAAUUCUGUUUGGUUGGAUGGAGAAUGUAUCUUUACCCUCCAUAACAGGACAAUUUUCCUACGGAUUAGAAAUAGUUGAUCCAGCCACACAAAAUGUGAUAUCCUCUAAUGUUUGGUACGAUAUGACCUACGGAUUGGUCAGGUUCGAUUUGACAAAUACAGAGCCUACUCCGCCUUUUUACACAACAAAUCCCACCACCACGAUAGAGGAUUUCAAUACAGGUAUAUCAUACACCAUUGAUCGGUCUCUUGGAAACUGCUCAGUAAAUUCUAUACAGCUAGGAUCCUUUGGAACAGAACAAGACAAAGCCGCCAUGAUGAAAAAUGGAGCUUUUGUAAUAAAGAUGAAGGGACCACUCGACAUAUUCUCCUUGAAUGAAUCAUACCGCUGGGCAGGACAAAGAACAGUACGUGGUAUGCUUUGUGACGUGUUUGAAGCGACUACAACGGACUUUAAAGUCCCAUCCAUCACCCAAACCUUCACCAGUGUUCUUCAGUUCUUUUUCAUGACGGACAGCUGGUCACAAACAUCCGAUACAGAUCCCAAUCCUGUAAACUCACAGCCAGUCAAACUGACAAUAUCCUCAGCAGAGGUUGGCCUCUUCAUGACUUAUAAUUUCUACAACUUUAACGAAGAAGACCCUGAUUUGAAGAAUUUCGAUAUCACGCCAUGCUUCACUGCGGACAAACAAGAAAACUUUGUCAUGGUAUUCAAUGGUAGUUAUCAUCCUUACUUAGACGUCAAUCUAAAAACCUUUGAGAAGGCAGUUAGAAUUAUGAUGGCGGAGUCAUCUAAAGCCUCGCCUCUACGGUUUCAAAACUUGGAGGUUUCGUACGAUAGCUACGCGCCAUACAUAUUUCUUAUUGGAACACUUGUUGACCCAGCUCCAAGCAUCGAUGAUUUCACAUUAACAGAAAAAGGCAUGCAUCCACCAAAGAGCGCUGCCACAAUUUCCAAGAUUACAUCAGCUGCGGCAUGUGCCAAUCAGUGUCGGCAAAACCAGAAUUUCCUUUGCCAAGGAUUCUAUUUCUGUGUUUCGAGCUCAACAUGUGUAAUUAGUCAGUCUCAUGUCGAUUCCGGUCCUUUACUCUACACUGCAUUAUCGUGUGACCAUUACUCAAGAACCGUAAAUUCUACAAUCGCAGUUCAGCCUACCGUCGAUGAAGCUCUUUCCAGAAUUUCAAACGCGGUGUACGGCGGAGAGUACCAAUUCCCCGUUAGUUAUGGGACAUCGGUCUAUACCUUCAAUGCAACAAUGGUCCGAACUAGUGUUUUGAGAAAUGGAAGACCAAACGAGUCAAAUCUACUUCUAACACAUUUCUACAUAUAUAGGCAGUACUUCAUUUUCACAAAAACGGACACGUCUUUUAGCGGAAUUUCGGUAGAGGACUGCGCGAGGCGCUGUAUAUCGAACUUGGAAUAUGAGUGUCUUUCUUUCAGUUACUGUUUUGAUCUUGGAGAUUGUUUUCUUAGUCACAUCCACGCUGAUAACUCCUCUGGAAUAGCCCAACGUCAAGAAUACUGUGACUUGUACUCACGUUACUUUUUGGAUCAGUACACCGUGUCUUCCGGAGUGACAUAUUCCGUCAAAGCAGACGCAACCAUUCCCAAUGUACCUACAGCAAACUUAUGCGCUAAAAUGUGUUCACAGUACACCAAAUUCCCCUGCAAAUCAUUUGAAUAUUGUACAAGCACAAAGAACUGUCUUUUGUUGAAGGUACAUGAGCUCGACCUGGAGGCCACUGCAGCUUCACCAAGUCUAACAUGUACUUUCUAUAGUAAAAACUUUAUUCAUGAUUUCAAAUUAUUGCAAAGAAAGACAAUGACAUUUGCAAAUGUGUUGGAGUUUUCGAAUGUAUCGAGUUCUCAAUGUGCCAAAUUGUGUGUGGAGCAAGAGGGGUCAGCUUGUAGAAGCUUUGCCUACUGUAAUAUGACGUCAUUAUGUAGACUGACAUCAUCUCAUCCAAGACAAGCUGGUAACUCUGUGUCCCAGAGUGACACGUGUGACUUGUAUUCCAGGAGAUUCUACAAUCCGUCGUCCUAUUCUGGACCUAGUAUCAACAAAGCUCAGACUUCUAGUAGGAGCCAGGCCAACGGCUACAGUCCAGGAGCCAUGGCUGGCGUAGCCCUUUCCCUCUUCAUUGCUGGAUUAGCAAUUGGAAUAUUAGGACUGUAUUUUUAUAAUUACAAAAAAGCUAUUAAAUUAGGCGACAAUAUUGAUCUAGUAGAACAAUAUGGAGAUAAUCCAAACUAUGAUAAUAUACCAUCUGAGUCGGAUGGCAAUAGUGAAAAUACUCCAGAAGAAGAAGCUGCCGAUUCCUAACAUGGGGUCAAAUGUCUUCAUGUCACCAAGGAAAAAUCGAUAAUGAA